AUGCCACCCCGAAAAUCGACAUCGUCAGUGACGCCCGCAGAGACAGAUGACCAUCAGCAACCGCAAAUCCAGAACCAGAGCCAGAGUCAAAAGAAUGUCACAGCAACAGAGCAGCAGUUGAAAGCUCGUGCCGAAGGGGGCGUUAACGUAGAGGAUUACCUCCUCCCCCGCUCACUUACGCUCCGUCUCGCGAAAUCCGUUCUCCCGCCUAAUACAGCCGUUCAGAAAGAUGCUUUAUUAGCUAUGCAGAAGGCAGCGACGGUGUUUGUUUCGUAUCUUUCUUCGCAUGCCAACGAAGCAACGCUCAAACGAACCGUUGCACCCUCGGAUGUGUUUAGCGCGAUAUCAGAGCUUGAAUUUGAUGGAUUCCGAGAGCGGCUUGAGAAGGAAUUGGAGGCUCACACUGAGAUGAAAGCGGGGAAGAGGAGAGGGAAGAAAGGUGAGGGGGAGGCUGGCGAGAAGGAGGCCAGUGCUGGUGGUGAUGCUGGUGGUGAGGAAGAGGAGGAGAAUGGAGUUCGUGGAGCGAAGAGGGUGAAGAGGGUUGCUAAGGAGGGGGAAGUUGCGAAGGGUGGUAGUGGUGGUGCUGCUGAGGGAGGGGAUGGUGAUGAGACGCAAGAUGAGCCCGAGAUGCAGGACGAGAAUGAGGAGGAUGUUGAGGAUGAGGAGGUGGAGGAUGACGAAGACGAGGAAGAAGAUGAUGAAGAGGGCGAAGAAGAGGAAGAUGUUGAUCGGGUGGAGGAUUUGGAUAAAGACUCUCGAGCCAGACGGACGAUGGAUCCUGAUGCCGCCGAUGACACCGACACUGAUGAUGAGACCGGGCCUGGGACACAGUUACGAAACAAUUUGGGAUUGGGUUGA